AUGAAGGUGGAUCCUGACGGCCUUCUUGCAUCUCUGAUCAAAUCACCGAUUCUUGUGAAUCCUUAUUCUGCCAUUGAGAAUCAAUUAAUAAAGAAGGCGGCAUAUGUGCAGUCAAGAGUCGAGAAAUUACAACAAUACAAUGAUCUGGCUCUCGCUGGCACUCAGCUAACUCCUAUUCAGGACGAUGCAAGAACGAAGCUUGAUGAGGUGGUGAAACAUCAGAAUUACGUGAAGCAUCUUACUUCUAUCGUACAACGAGACCGUCAACUUUUCGAGAAGUCAGUCAAGGCGGCGGAUAUUCUGCUCACCCAAAAGCUCGAUUCUUUUCGAAGCACCACAAUCUCUCAGACGAAUGUACAUGGCGAAAUCAUUAAUCGGCUUCUCCAUCCACCAACACUAGCAGCGUUUCUUACUGGAACGAAAGGUGCUAUUAAGGUAACAAAGGAAGAAGUUAAUGCUCUUUCUCGUUUGAAAUCGGCCUUCUUUCCAUCGUUUGAUGAUUGUGCUUCUGUGGAAGAGUUGGAGGAGAGAGCUGCCGGUGCUGCCAUGAUCGUGUCACAUAUUUUUUCCGAAGCACCUCAUGUUGUUGAUGAAGAGACGGGUUUAAAUGGGAAAGAGGUUUUUGCUCUGCUCAAUAGUAUCAAAAAUUGCGGCUUUUUUUCUGGGAAAUGCAUGAGUUUGGUAAAUGGUGCUGACGGGUCUGUUGCGGAAGCCUCAGACACGAACUCGCCAUCGGCAACAUCAACCGAUUCGGUAGACGAUGAUACCAACGAAGAGACUUCGUUUCCGUUGGUUUCUGAAAGCACCAACACUGAAAAAAGCAAUGGUGCAGACUACGCAAAUCUGGAUGACCUCAAAAACUUGGACAACUCCGUUGCUACCGAAGAAGUGGGAAAGCAAACUAUUUUAUCUUCCUCUUGGAAAUCCGAAGAGAAAGUUGAUGAUGCGAAUUUCUGUUCUGCUAAUGAAUCUGAUUCGUUCAAUGGUACAGCCACACAGUUUUCGGACAUGCAGUCAAUUGCUGUGAAAGAAAUGAAGGAAAAGUCUGACUACGGGCAAAAGAAGAGAGCUAAAGCCAACUAUAAUGGUGAACGGCUGGAAUAUGGUCGCUACACUUCGAGGCAUUUUAGUCAGCCAUGGGAUCGUCGAUAUCAUGAUCGUACUUAUAAUGGAAAGGGUUAUCGCUACACUCCAGAGAACGGUGAACAGCAAGCAGCUAAGAAACUUGGCUCUAUGAGCGUCAACCCAGAAUCAGGAGAUGGUCAGUGGAAACAACGCGAUCGUCGUUUUCCCAAGAACCGAGGCGGCCUGUCUUACAAGGAUGGUAGAUCUGUGUCUUACGAAGGUCCACCACUGCAACAUCAUAAGGAGACGGACAACAGCGCCCACUGUUCUCGCCAGAACAUGGUUCGAUAUGAGAUAAAGCCUUCAGUUCCUUUGAACCGCGAACCUGUUAUAAACCGCCGUCCUCCACCUGCCACAGUUGGCUUUAUCUUUGCAGACAGACGCUAA